AUGGCCAACAUUUUUCGACGUCUGCUCAGGAGUAUCAAGUCCCGACGGGAGACCGCCGUCACACCUGCCGAGCUAGAAGAACUAUCUCGAGCCAUCGAUGCAUCGUUAAAAUUUCAGAUGGAAUUUCAGAUAUGGCUCGCAGGGCACAAUGCUAUGCUCGCACACAUCAACUCCACUAACCCCACUCUUGGAAUAACGCCAACCUCUAUCAAUGAUAUCUGGCUAUGUGCAUACAGUGGCUCAUUACUGGUAGAUGCAGAAGAGCAGUGGAAAUGUGAUGAGCCAGAACUUGCAAUGGAGCUUGCCUCGCAGGUCAUUAGCCACAACCCCUUUCUGUGCGAACUUGAUGAGAUGCGAUGUCGACUUUUUAUCGCUGCCGUUCAACACUCUCUUUGUCAAUAUGAAGAUUCCAUGGCGACCCUAGAGACGGUUGUGCAAAUUAACACCUGCUAUACCGUCUUAAACAACCCAGAAUCUAGCAUUAUCGCCGGUAUUACUCAAUUUAUUAAAGGGAUGAAUCUCAUGAAAUUUGAGAGGUUCCCAGAGGCUUACACAUCGCUCACUCGAGCACUGCAUGUACCAGGCUACAGUGAAAAGAUCUGUGAGGUCCAAAGGCAGGCUGUCAUUGGGUUUACUUGCAUAGAGGCCGCUGAGUUUGAUCACUCCCCGGAAGCGUCCACCCAUGCAUUAUUAGAUUGGGAGGAUAGUGAGCUUGUAAAUACAAACAAUCCCUAA